AUGGCCGACGACAGAAAAAUCGACUCGAUCAGUUCUCUACCAGAUGUGAUCCUCCAACAUAUCCUCUCUUCUAUUCCGACCAAACUCGCCGUCACAACUUCCCUCUUGUCCAAAAGAUGGAGGCACGUAUGGUGCGAUACACCUUGUCUCUCCUUAGAUAUCGACAGAAGAGCGACGGCUGUUUCAAUAAAAGAAACCCUAACUCGCUACACUGCUCCCAAUGUGAGUAAUUUUCAUCUCAAAACAACCAUGGGGAGGAGUGUUACCCACAUGGAGAUGUGGAUCAAGUUUGCCAUCUCCCACAACGUGGAGAAUCUGUCCUUGGAUUUGUGCACUCCUUACGAUCGUUAUAAUAAUGAAAAGUAUGCGUAUCCUGAUUUCUCCUUCAUCAAUUCCUCUGUGUGUUGGACAUCACUGAAGAAGUUGUCCUUGUGUGAUUGUUGUCUCUCUGAUGAAUCCUUGGCUAAAAUUUUAUCCGGUUGUCCCCUUCUCCAAAGCUUAACACUGUCUUGCUGCGAUGAACUGAUGGUUGUUGAUCUCAGCAAAUCACUACAUCUGACAACAUUAAAAAUAAACCGGGACGUUUGUUUUACGGGGCCAAAGCAGAUUGUGGCACCACAUAUCCAUCGUCUCAAAAUGUUGUUUAACUAUAAAUCUCCAUGUCUUUUAGUUGAUGUCUCGUUUUUAGUCGAAGCCAACCUGGGCAUUUGCUAUUCCCCGAUGCCAUAUACCGAACAUGCUGAUUUUUUUCAAGAGAUGGUGCUAAAGAUGCUAGAGAAGUUGCAAAACGCAGAGAAGCUUACGUUUGGGGAAAACAUUCUUCAGAUUUUAUCACUUGCACAGAUUCGUGGUGUUCCUUCUCCGAUGUUGAAAGUCAAAGAUUUGACACUUGAGACAAACAUCGAUCAGUAUGUUAUUCCUGGUGUUGAAAGGGUUUUACAAAACUCACCUCACUUAAAGAAGCUAACAGUCCACACUAUGCACAACAGCACCAUACAGGGGUCACUUCUUGACAAGUACUUGAUGAAGAAAGGCUUGAGUUCGGAUAUGUGCUGGAGAUCAAAAGAUGGGGUCAUUUGGAAUAAGAACGCCUCGGAUAUAGUGUCAAAGCAUGUGACGUCAUUCUUGGAACUUAUGCUUAAAAACACAAAGGCAUUGGAGAAGAUUGUCGUACAAUUGGACAACGAUUAUCUUAAGUUUCAAGAGGUGGUUACAGGACUUGCUCACAACAACAAUGUCCCCAUUCUGCUCUCACCGAGCGUGAAGACAAUAGAUGAGUGGUUUAAUACAGGUUAUUAG